GUCGUCGUCCUCUUAACGUUGGUGGGUUGUUCCAUGGCGUUCCCGGUAAGGCCCGAAGACGAUUUGGGCCCCGUUGUCGGGGUUCUGGUCCAACCGACCGGACUGGACGGUAAACCUAGUGAGAAGUCAUCCCCCAUGGCGUACGCGAUUCUUCUGGGCGGCUCGAGAAUGCCGGAAGACGCAGCCAGCGCCGCGGUGGUGGAGAAACGCGAAGCGAACGAAGAAGAUGGGCCCCAGGACUUGGAGACCGCGGCUGGCACUUAUGCACUUCGACCACUGUUCGUCUACAGGCAACAGUUGGCGUACAGGGAACGCGUGCGACAAGCUCGCCGCGGUAAUCGAUUCUGAGUCAUCGAUGACGUUGACAAAACCUCGCUAGAAUGGUCAGUGAUUUCGGAAAAACCAAAGAAACUUACACGACGUUAGGAAGAAUCUUCCUUAGGAACCAUGAGAACCUCGCAGAAGUGAAAAAUAUAUUUAGAAGUGAUGUAAACACUUUUGGAAUCCUGUACCUUCUGCGAGGAUCGAAGAAGUUCAACUCUUACAAAGGAUCUAUCUGGGAGGCUGAAGUUCAAGGGUAAUUAGAACCCCAAAGGAUCAUUCUUAAAACACUGACGAAGGAUCAAGAGUCUGGAGUGCAAGAUUCUCGACUGAGAUUAAAAACAAUUAC